GGAUCCGUCUACUAUAUUUCAAAAUGCUAUCGAUUCUCUGACCACUUAUUUCUGAAAAAAAUUUACACCUUGAUAAAAAGUAUGCAGUUUUCGGUGUCCAUCAGCCAUAAUCUUUUAUAUUAAAUUUCCAGGACUAGAGAAAUGAAAUUUGUUACCUUUUUGGGACGAAGAUGGCUGACAUGUAUAGCAGGUUGGCGUUUGUAAAUUAUAUUAUGAUUUUGAAGGGAUUUCUUCACAUGCUGCAACCAGGAGUCAUAUGUAAGAGAAAAGUUUCAGAGUAUAACUGAGAGUCAUGAUUUCACUUGAGGGUCGAGAUAUGUUACUAGUGGCCGCAAACUUAAGGUUACUGAAUAAAGGUGAUGUAUUGAGAUGGGUGUAUAUAAUAAAAUCAAAUUACUGUAUGAACAGAAGAUGGAUUGUGAUGUAAAGUGGAGCAACCUAACAGAAGAAAAGAUGAAAAAUUCUGAUACAGCGACAAGUAGGACAGAAAAAUUCUUUUGAAGAGAUUUGCUGGAAUGCAGUCGGUUGAUACAUAUAGCUCCAGUGAAUUUAAUACAGUUUGAGCUUGGUUUUUGUUGAUCACCCCUACAGGUCUCAAAGCACAUAUUUAGUACUAUUUUAAAAAUUUUCCAUCUUAAUACACUGUUGAAAGUCUUUCUUUACCUGAACAUAGACUGUUCUUCUAUUUUUGUGCUGUUUUGACUGAUUCAUACAAGCAUCCAUAUACAGUUUUUGGUGACAACGGAAAUACAUAACGAUAUUUGUUUGUGAGGUUGAAAAUGUGAUAUAAAAACUGAUGAACUAGGCUUCAUUCUAGCUUGCAGGUAGUGCAGUGUUCUACCAAGUGCAAAUUUUAAGUAAAUAUGAUAAAAGAAAAAAACGCAUAGUAUCGGUAAUUGUAAUAAAAUUCUAUAUUUAUCUGGCACAAAAUAAGUUUUUGAAUUGAUUGUGAAAGAAGCCACAAUUUUAAACUUUUGAAGGGCUUCUAAUUGUUAAAAUCGCUUUGUUUACGUUUUUAUUGACACCAAACACACGAUGUCAAUGAUAAAGAGAUAAACAGAAAUACCGAACUUCAGUUUGUUGUAGUAAAAGAAAGACUACUAAAAUGAAGAUACAAGUAAGCUGCUGCCUAUGUUUUCAGGAAAUGUUUGCUUAAUUACCCUAGAAAAUUUAUACUGUUUAAGAUGCCAUAGGGUGUAAUUAUUCAUAAAAUUAUCUCUCGAAUUACCCUCUUGAUACGUCAGUUUGCGUCUAAUGUGCCUAUCAAAAUGUACUAACAGUUUUAGUUUUCAAAGUAUUGUCUGAAAAAAUAACGGUCAUACAGGCUAAUACAAAGUGACCAUUUGAACUAAUGAGGUUCUCAAAUUCACACACUAUCAAAUAUUAGAUUUGGGAUAUCACUUUACGACCACAUCGUGAAGCGUAAUGCUCUCCGAUGUAUCAUUCUGUGACAAGCAGUUAAUUACUUACGCUAUGAGUUUCUUAUUAAGAAUUCUGUCUGUAAACCUAUAUCUGUGUCGUCUAAGUGUUAAGAUGAAUUUGGUUGAAAAUUUAUACUGAGUAAUGUAAUGGAAAUAAGCUUUACACUGGUACACAAUGUCACAGUAAAUGUACAAAAUAACUCUACCCCAUGUCCGACAGCAACGUCCAAUAAAGGCAUUGGUAGGUUACAAAUAUAGGUAACAAUGACGAAUGUGAUCACAUCAUGCUCAAAUGCUAUUAUUUAACAUGUAAGUUGCAAAAAAUGUAUCAAGUCUAAUGGUAGGUAACCUUAAAGUCAUAUUAAAAUUCGGCAUUGUGACUUUUUCAAUUUUUCAAGGGUUAAGGAAGUAAAUCGUGAUAAGCUGUAUCAUUGAAACCAUUAGAGUAGUGAUUGAAAUAAAUAAAAAAGGCAACUAACCUUUUCAACAGAUCCAUUAUUGUUAAAUUAGGCUGCGUGUAUGACUAAAUUUGUUAAAAUUACAACACAAUAUAUUUUAUUUCAAAAACAUACCAUUUUCAUACCAUAAUGCGGCAAUUUAUAAAUCAUUUUGCAAACUAAAUAUUUCAAAGCACUCUCGUGCAAAAAAUCUCUUGAGUUUAAAGAACUUUAUCCAAUUUCAUUUAUUCUGACAGACGGUCACUCAUGUAGAAUCAAAUAAUCGACAUUGCUAUAGGUGACUGCUUGUUGUUAAUAAGUUGUAAGUGGAUGUCUCUGAAUAUCUUGGAAAUAGCUUUCAAUACUGAGCUUAUAUAACACUAGCAAGGUUAUGUAAAUUGAGUACAUAAUUGGACACUGCACAGUCUGCAAUACAGUGUUUUGAGUACACAACAGGAACUCAUUGACUUAAUUUUUAAAGUUUAUAGAUCGAAUUUAGAGGUAGUUCGUAUUUUAUUGGUCUAAUUGAGGAGCCAUCACACCGAAUAUAGGUAUUUAGUCUGCAAGAGAGUUUCCUGAUUCAAGACCUACAGUGAAGUGUAUCUUAAAAUAGUCAUCGGGAUUUGGCUAAAUGUACUUGUUCUGAAGCUAUGUAACCAAUAGUUCAUAGAACACUUAGAAAUACUGUAUGACUAUUUGCCUAGUCUUACAGCUUGAUUAAAUGACGGUGAAUAAAUUUGAAUUUUAUUUUAUCCAAACCUAGUUUAAAUCAAACAUAUUCUACUUGCGGUUUGGAUUUAUAAGCUGAUGAAUUUUAGCCUAUCUUAAAAUCGUGUUUUUAUUUAGAGUAUUUUACGACAGGAUAUUCCAUGGUAUGAUGAACAGUCAUCUGGGUCACUGAUCAGCAAGCUCUCCCAGAAUAUUGAGCUCAUUGAACGUGGUAUUGGAACAACACUCGGAGGUUUUAUAAAAUACAUAUCAGGAUUCAUAGUAGGCAUCAUAAUAAGUUUUUCAGUGGGAUGGAAACUUACUCUAGUUGCUUGUGCCAUGUUACCUGUUAUUGCUGCAGUUUUUGGAUGCUUCGGUUUCAUUAUGAAAUAUUUCACUGUUAAGGAGAUAGCUGCAUAUGCACAAGCAGGUUCUAUCGCUGGUGAAGUUUUAGAAGCUGUUCGUACUGUUGUGGCAUUUGGCGGCGAGCAGAAGGAGCUAGCAAGAUAUAGUGAACAACUGGUAUUUGCCGAAAAGGUCGGGCUCAGAAAGUCAACAGCAACUGGUGGAGUAACUGGUGCCAUAGGAUUAACCAUCUUUUGUUCUUCUGCACUUAUUUUUUGGUAUGGCAUUAAAUUAAUGAUUGACGAAAACUAUAAUGCCGGAUCUGUAAUACUGAUAUUCAUUAAUGUUCUUUUGGGAAGUAUUUUUCUGGGUAACGCUCUACCAUGUUUUCAAUAUUUUAUGAAUGCACAGGCAUCAGCCGCUGAAAUUUAUGGUACUAUUGAGCGUACCCCUCAAAUUGAUAAAGACCGACAAGGAAAUCUUAUUCCAAACUUUUCUGGAAAUGUUGCAUUCAAAAAUGUUUCUUUCGUAUAUCCAAGCAGACCAGAUAUCACUAUUUUAAAGGAUUUUAGUCUGACGAUCAAAAGUGGACAAACUAUAGCUUUAGUUGGACCGAGCGGUUCAGGAAAAAGUACCAUUAUUCACAUGCUGCAAAGAUUUUAUGAUCCUGUAAGCGGCGAGGUACUAAUUGAAGACGAGAAUAUCAAGAAUCUGGAUCUGAAAGCUUAUCGUAAUCAGAUAGGCUGUGUGCAACAAGAACCAAUACUUUUCGAAGGAACUAUCAGUGAUAACAUAAGGUUAGGAAAACUUGAUGCAACUCAAGAUGAGAUAGAAGAAGCUGCGAAGCUUGCUAAUGCUCACGAUUUUAUUCAACAACUUCCAGAUACAUACGACACUUUUGUGGGUGAACGAGGUGGCGGAAUGUCAGGUGGUCAAAAGCAACGUAUAGCGAUUGCUCGAGCUCUGAUUAGAAAACCAAAGUUGCUCCUACUGGACGAAGCGACGUCAGCUCUCGACACAAAAUCAGAACGUGUAGUUCAAGUGGCUUUGGACAAAGCGAGUGAGGGGAGAACAGUCGUGGUUGUUGCCCAUCGUCUUACAACAGUUCGUAACGCAAAUCUAAUAAUCGUUCUUGACAAGGGAGUAGUUCGAGAGUCUGGGACCCAUGAAGAACUUGUGGCUCAAAACGGUCUUUAUGCAGCAAUGCUUAGUAAUCAGGGAAUAAGUGAGAAAAGUGCAAAUGAAAAUGAUGAGUUAUCUGAUGAAGAACAGAUUAGAAAUUUAGAAAAUGAGACACAGACUUCGAACAAAUUGGACGGUGUGUGGACAAUUGGAGAUGAUCAAGAAAACAUAUCUGAAAGUACUGGAACGUUGCCCCGUAGAAGUAUGUCAAUUACUUCAGCAUCACAAAUCGCACGGGCUAAGCUGAAAAAAGCAAAGAAGUCUCCAACAUUAAGAGUUUUACAACUUAACAAACCUGAAUUGCCGUUAAUAAUCAUAGGUUGCUUCUGUUGUCUAAUAAAUGGAACUGCUCAACCAGCAUUUGCACUUCUAUACACCGAAGUGUAUGAUAUAUUCACUUUGAGAUCAAAUCCUGAUUUAAUGUCCAGCCGAAUCAGUCUUAUAAGUGGAAUGAUGGUGUUAAUCGGAGUUUUGCGUUUCACUGCUUCUCUUUGUCAGGGAUUUCUUUUAGGGAAAUCAGGUGAAAAAUUAAUCAAACGUAUACGUUCUAUGGUUUUUGAAGCUAUGCUACGUCAAGAAAUUGCAUGGUUUGAUGAACCAGAAAAUCAAGCAGGUGCACUGACUGCUAAACUUGCUACGGAAGCUACAAAAAUGGCAAUGAUUUCUGGUGCACAAAUGGGUUUUAUCGUAGAAGCUUUAGCACUGAUAAUUAUGUCGCUUGUGAUAGCAUUCAUCUACAGUUGGCAGUUAACUUUGGUUGUGUUAGCAUUUUAUCCAAUUAUCGUCAUUGGUGGAUUUUUACAGAUGCGUUCAAUGUCAGGAAAAGGAAAGAGUAAAAAUGAUACUGAAUCAAUGAGAGUAGCUCAAGAGGCAAUCGGCUCAAAUCGUACUGUAACUACACAUACCCUAGAGGAAUACUUUUUCAAACGUUUUAAAUCUCAUGCUUGUGAAAAUCAAAAAAAAAGAACCAAAAAUAUUAUUUUUUACUCAUUGGUCUAUGCACUCGCUGAGGGUGUGCCAAUGUUUUCGUUUGCGGCAGCAUUCGCUCUAGGUGCAUAUUUGGUUUCAACAAAAGUAAUAACAGUAGUUGCAGUAUUCAGAGUUUUUGCAACCAUCAGUAUGAGUGCACAGUCACUUGGUCGUUCUGCUACGUUAGUUAUGGAUGCGAAGGAAUCAAAACCUGCAGCAAAAAACAUUCUAGCACUUUUAGACAGACAAUCCCUCAUUCCAGUUAACGUGGGGAUUGUACCAUCAGAAGCAUUCAAAGGGAAAGUUUCUUUCCAGCGAGUUUAUUUUAAAUACUCUUCUCGAUCUGAAGGCCGGGUUUUAAAGAACUUUUCACACACUGUUGAACCUGGUCAAACGGUUGCAUUAGUUGGACCUUCUGGUUGUGGGAAAUCAACACUGCUUCAGUUAGUAUUGAGAUUCUACGAUCCAUCAUACCAUGGUCCCGAUAGUGGCGUGUUUUUCGAUGAUAUCAACAUCAGAAAUAUUGCACCUAGUUGGGUUAGAAAACAGAUUGGUCUUGUUUCACAAGAACCCACUUUAUUCGAUCUCACCAUAAGAGAGAAUAUUGCGUAUGGAGACAAUAGUCGAGAAGUGACAAUGGAAGAGAUUAUUGAGGCAGCACGUGCAGCUAACAUCCAUGAUUUUAUUACAACACUUCCAGAGCAAUAUGAAACCAAAGUUGGACAACGUGGAUCAAAGCUAUCUGGAGGACAGAAACAGAGAAUAGCCAUUGCACGAGCUUUAGUUCGUAAACCUGUUUUACUUGUGUUGGACGAAGCCACUUCAGCUUUAGACAAUGAGAGUGAGCGUAUAGUUCAAGAAGCUCUUGAUGCUGCUAUGGGGUCGAGAACAUCAUUAGUUGUUGCCCAUCGUCUAUCGACAAUUGUCAAUGCUGAUCUAGUAGUAGUGUUACAGGAUGGACGUAAAAUAGAGUCUGGACCUCCAGCAGCAUUGCUCGCUAAGAAAGGAGCUUUCUAUGCAUUGCAUCACAUAGAGAAUUAAAUUAUCUACCUGAACUUUUCCGAGAUCCUACUAUUUUCAAGCACUUUAUAAUAUAUUUGGAACACUUUUAAUUUUUUGGUGUAUCUAGAAUUCAUUUGUAUAAAAUAUUAUUUUAUUCAGCGAAAUUAUAUUACUGCUAUUUUACAUCCACUUUCUGGUCAUUGUAAUCUUUAUGUUUGUGAUAAUUUAAAGUAUUCGAUUAACAUUGACUAAUUUCGUUUAUGAUUUUCCCAAAGACGUGAAACUAGUUUGUCCCUGAAAAUGGAGGUUAAUGAAAUAUACGUUGAAGUU